CUGCAGCGACGCGUCGUCCCCCACACGGUCCGCACCCAAAGCUUCCACUUGCCGCCGCGCCGUCGCCUCCCCCUCGUUUUAUUCCCUUCCCCUGCUCUGCACCUACGCAUCGCCGCUUCCUCCCCUCUGUCCAGUGUCCUCCAGUGAAUCCUCUGUCCUCGUCUUCCUCCCGUAACCACUUCGUCCCUAUCCGCAGCGACCGUUCGCCGCGCCGCGAGGCCCGCUGAUCCGACUGACCGACCUCCACCGCCAUGGCUCCUCUGCCCAGCGCGGCUCGCCUCCUUCGAUCGACCCUCGGGCGGCUGAGAUCGCCACCGCCGGCCCGGGCCUUCUCCAGCGCCGCGGCGACCGAGACGGGGGCGGGGAACGGACGCGAGGCCGCGAUCGCCGCCGCCGCCGUGGCGGUGGCCGUGUCCGGGCUCGGGCUGUGGCUGAAACCGCCGUCGCUUGCCGACUCUGGCGAGGUGCCCGGCGGUCAGAUCUCGGUCGCCGGCGCUGGCGCCGGCGCCACGGAGGCGCGGGAGGAGGAGAAGGGGUGGUUCCUGUUUGCAGACUCAUUCCGGAGAAGGGUGUUCUUUAACUAUGAGAAGAGGAUACGGCUUCUCAGUCCUCCUGAGAAGAUUUUUGAGUACUUCGCAUCUGUGAGGAACCCAGAAGGGGAAGUUUACAUGUUGCCUGAUGACUUGAUGAGAGCAGUAGUCCCUGUUUUUCCUCCAUCAGAGUCCACCAUAGUUCGUGAAGGAAGAUUAAGGGGGGAGCGGAGCCCUGGAGAGUUGCAUUGUGCUCCAUCGGAGUUCUUUAUGCUGUUCGACACAAAUAGUGAUGGUCUCAUCUCCUUUGCUGAGUACAUCUUUUUUGUGACAUUGCUCAGCAUUCCUGAGUCGAAUUUCACUGUGGCCUUCAAAAUGUUCGACGUUGACCACAGCGGGGUGAUAGACAGAGAAGAGUUUAAGAAAGUAAUGGCACUGAUGCGGUCCUUUAACAGACAAGGGUCCACUCAUAAGGAUGGUUUACGUAUUGGACUUAAAGUUGGCCAGCCUGUGGAAAAUGGUGGGGUGGUUGAGUACUUCUUUGGGAGUGAUGGGAAUGAACCUCUACACUGUGACAAGUUUUCAAAAUUUUUGAAGGAAUUGCAUGAUGAGAUUAUUCGACUGGAGUUCAGUCAUUAUGAUGUCAAGUCGUCUAAAACAAUACCAGCAAAGGAUUUUGCAUUGUCCAUGGUUGCUUCUGCUGACAUGAACCAUAUCAACAAGCUGCUCGAUAGAGUUGAUAGUUUGGUCAAGGAGCCAGAUCUCAAGGACAUACGCAUCACCUUUGAGGAGUUUAAGGCAUUUGCUGACUUGCGACGAAGAUUGGAGCCACUGUCGAUGGCUAUCUUCGCUUACGGGAAAGUGAAUGGGUUAUUGACAAAGGAGGAUCUAAAACGUGCGGCGCAACACGUUUGUGGGGUCCGCUUAACUGAUAGAGUGGUAGACAUUAUUUUCCAUGUGUUCGACACAAAUCAGGAUGGGAACCUGAGCUCGGAAGAGUUCUUAAGAGCAUUACAAAGAAGAGAAAAUGAUAUUCGUCAACCAACAAUACCAGGUCCAUUGGGGUUCUUGUCUUGCUGGUUCAGCGGUAGGAAGUGUUCUUCACUUCAACAGGUGGUUCUCUGAUUGAGACCCCUAUUUGAUUCUCACUGUAUCCGUCAUUCGCCUUUGAUUGUCAUCUCCCGGCGCAGAAGGUAAUCACCAAGCAGUGCAUUGUUGAUCGCUGAUCGUUACGGCGACUUUGUAUAUGUCGUUUGCAGCAGCUGUAAUUGUAAAUAGUGUACUGUGCAGCCCUAGGACUGAGAGAUACCUUGUGUUAUUCUCAUGUGUAAAGUAAACCCCAUAUGACCUCAAUAUAUGAAACCUUGUCAAAUGUAGUAGACCAUAGCGUUAGAGUGCCAAACAGACCAACCAGGUAGCAGGUAACAACCAGCCAUUUACGUGAAGACAAGAAGACAAUUUCUUUUCUUUUUUCUUUUUUCUUCUUUCUUGUGAGCUGUCUGAAUAAGAAAAAAUCCAAAUCCAAAUCCUAUCCCAUUGACAUAACUGUAAUUGGGAGAAGAGGAAUUACAUAGGCAUAUUCAUAUGUAUGUUCCAUAAUCAUAAGAAAAAAAAACAGCAAUUUUUAGUUUGAA